AUGCUUAAUGAUAGCGGUGUUGAGUGGUACUGUGCCGUGGAGAACCGAGAUGAAGCUGAAUUCCUCUUCAACACUCACCCAGAUCUGGAAAAAUAUACAUUGAAUCGCCAGGUCGGCUUCGAUUUCAAGACAAGAGACGACAUGGUCUUGCAGGCUUACCUUAGUCUGCCACCUGAGGUUAGAUUUAGAUAG